AGGGGACGUGAGACUCCGCCCACAUGUGUCGCGCGCAGUCAGUCAGGAAAAGGGGGUGAAGAAGAUGGCGGAUGUGGAGGAGCAGCUGUCUGAUGAGGAGAAGGUACGUGUAGCAGCAAAAUUCAUCAUCCAUUCACCUCCUGGGGAAUUCAACGAAGUAUUUAAUGAUGUUCGGUUCCUACUCAACAAUGACAAUUUACUCAGGGAAGGUGCUGCUCAUGCAUUUGCACAGUAUAACUUGGAUCAGUUCACUCCAGUAAAAGUUGAAGGCUAUGAAGAUCAGGUAUUAAUAACUGAACAUGGAGACCUUGGUAAUGGGAGGUUUUUAGAUCCAAAGAACAAGAUUUCAUUCAGAUUUGAUCACUUAAGAAAGGAAGCCAGCGAUCCCAGGCCCCAUGAGGGAGAAAAUGCCAUAGAAUCCUGGAGGAAUGUUGUGGACACUGCAGUGAGAUCCUAUGUGAAAGAUCAUUAUCCUAAUGGAGUUAGUACAGUAUACGGUAAAACAAUUGAUGGACAGCAAACAAUUAUUGUAUGUAUUGAGAGUCAUCAGUUUCAAGCUAAAAACUUCUGGAAUGGACGCUGGAGGUCAGAAUGGAAAUUUACCAUAACACAAUCUACUACAAAAGUGGUGGGAAUUCAAAAAAUUCAGGUCCAUUAUUAUGAAGACGGAAAUGUACAGUUGGUGAGCCAUAAAGAUGUUGAAGAAUCCCUAACAGUGUCUAAUGAAGUUCAGACGGCAAAGGAGUUCAUUAAAAUUGUAGAGGAUGCUGAAAAUGAAUACCAGACUGCAAUCAGUGAGAACUACCAGACUAUGUCUGACACUACUUUCAAAGCCUUACGUCGUCAGCUGCCAGUGACACGCACCAAGAUUGACUGGAACAAGAUUCUUAGUUACAAAAUUGGAAAAGAAAUGCAAAAUGCCUAACAUGAACAUUGUAUGGAUGAUUUUAGAGUCUGUGCAUACAAAUAAACAUGGCUGCAAAUAUUUUUAAGCUGCCAACUUGCCUGGUCAGCAUGGCCCUUUGCUAUAAAAAAUUAAAUUUCUGUAAAUAAAAUAAUUCAGCUACAGCACAAGAUUUACAAUAUACAUUUAUUUCCGCUGGUUUACAUUGUUUUGGAGGUUGGUACACGUGCUGCAUUUAAAAGGUCUGGUUAAACUGUUAUGCACAAGAAAACAAAAACAUUCUGGUGCCGGUGUGGAACAAAGUGCUCAUUAUGGCUUCAGUAUUCAUUGGUAUGUAGCCAUGUGUAAUGUGCUAGAAGCCAAAUGGCUUCCAUCCCUUCGCUAGAUGGACAACAAAGCUUCAUAAACACUUUCAUUAUUGUCUUCUGUCAAACGUAUCCCUUUCUUUAGGGAAAAAAAAAAACAAUUUGCAUGGCCAAGUUCUUAAUGCAAACCAGAAAAUGCUUGACUAUUAAAUGCUUUGCUCUUGUGGGGCCUCUUUUGAAUUGGCUAGAAAUUCUUCUACCUAUAAAGUCUCUACCAUUUAGCCUCCAAUGUAUUAUAAUAAGGCAAAUUGUAAAAAUAUAAUCCUGUACUCUUCUUGUCUCAGUUUUUUUUUUUUCUGUCCUCUGCCCUUUGAAAUGUAUUACAACUCAAUGUGAUAUUAAACUGCAGAUUUUCUA